AUGGAGAAAAAUGGGAUAAACAUACCUGUGGGAAUGAUAAAUGACGCAUAUUUUUGCAAAACCAUCAAAACAGAAUUAAAAAAAUUAACAGAUGAAUAUUUGAAAAGGGUCAAAAAUAAUUUCCUAUCCGAUUAUAUAUUUAAGACCGAAGUUUUUUGUAUAUCAUUUUUUUUCAUUCCCCUGAUAGCUGGAAGGGUAGUUUUACAAGCUAACAAUGUGAUAAGCCCGCAUUGCUUAACUGCCCUGUUUAUACUAAUAGCGUUUCUGUUGCUUAUUUUUUUGUUAUUAUAUUUCGAAAUAAAUGAAGCUCAGAAUAGAGAAUUUGUGAAAAAAAUAGAGAAAGCACAAAACAUUUUGUCAGUUCGAAAUAUUUUAAAAAACAAAAAAGAUGACUCUCAUUUUAAUUAUUUAACAACAUCAAAUUUUAUAUUUAUUUUGAGAAACAAUAAAUGGGAACUUUUACCGAAAAAUUUACUAAUAAAAAAUGACGUCUUUUUAUUGCAUGAUGGAGAUUUAGUACCAUGCCGAUGCGUAGAAUAUAACAUAUAUGAAAAUGUUUAUGGAAAAGAAUACCAACGUAAUGAAGUAUUUAUGGCUAUGGGCAAAUAUCGAAUAAGUACUAAUAUAAUGACAAAAUAUUCAAAAGAUGAAAAAAGAGAGUAUCUUCCAUCUUUCCAUCUUUAUGCCUUCGUAUCUUAUGACAACGCAUCAAUCUAUAUAAUUAGAAAAUAUAUUAAUGAGAAAUUCGAUAAAGGCAAGAGUUCAAAAAGUAAAGAAAAUCUGAGGAAUGUUGUAUUAGAGGAAAAAGUCCGUGUAAUAUUUAUUUACAUAUGGCUUUUUAUUUUUUCGCUAUCCACGGCUUUGAUGUUUAUAUACGUUUCUAACCUUCGAAAAGUUCAUGAUAUUCCUCAAUAUCUUUUAAUUUAUUGGCUAGCCUACACCGUUUUAAUGUCCAUGUCUAUACUUCCAUUUAUCCACAGAAUAUUUUCAGAAUUAAUUUAUGGAUACUGUUCUUCAUUGAGCAUGUCAUAUGAAAACUAUUUUAAAGACAUGACAAGCUAUGAAAGAAAAAAUUUUUCAUCCUCAUUUGAUUUAUCAUCCGCAACAGAAAAUAGUUCCUUUGUUAUGGAAAAAAAAUUUGCAUUAUUUUAUACCCUCAAAAGUAUUUUUCUUUUAAUCUUCAAGGGAAUAAAAAUAAAUAAGUGUUACUUAAAUAUUUUAAGUGACUGCUCAGUAUUAUGUUUUCUUGAUAGUAAUGGGAUAUUAGUAAAUACAAAUCAUAGUGUUAAAGAAAUAUGUAUAUAUAAUCAGUUAAAUAAUAAGAAAAAUGUAAAUGAUAAUAAUGAGAUGAAAAAAUUUCAUAACUAUUAUAAUAAUAUGCUUACAAUCAUUGAUAUAUUUAUGGAUAAUAAAAGUAUGUAUGCCUACCAACGAAUACAGAAUAUCAAAAUUUUACAUUCAUUAUUUUUAAUAUCUUAUUUUACUCAAUUACUUAAGUAUAUAAAAAAUUUGGACGAGUUUCAAAAUAAUAUAUUAAAUUAUAUGAACAACCAGGACUAUAAUCAUUUAUAUACUUGUAUGUGUGACAUUGGAAAUAUAUCAUAUCCAUACAACAAAUUUUCAUUUCGAAUGUUAUUCUUUUGUAUUGAAAACAAAAGUGACUAUGAAUUAUACAAAAAAAAAAAUUUAGAAUUAAAAAGAAAUAAGAAGGCAAAAGUAGAUGGGGAAAUACCUUAUCAUGUUGACAAGAAUGAAAAAGGAAAUGAACUAGGAAUAAAUAUAUAUGACAAUUUAAUAACAAGAGAUAAUUUUGUUUUUAUUUUUAUUUUAUAUGAAAAGAAGAAAAAUAAAUAUCAUAUGUUUUUUAAGGGUCAACUGGAUGCCCUUGUUAGCAAAUGCAUGUUUUAUUACGACGGGAAAGUGAUAAAGAAAUUGAAAAGAAGGAAAAAAAAAGUGUUAAAAAUUUUAGAUAUGCAAUGGAUAUCGUCAGGACUCGAGAGCAUUUGCUUUGCAUAUAGACCUUUAAGUAGUGAUGAAAUAAAUUAUUUAAAAACAAAUUUUACAAAAAAUAUAUAUAUAUUAACGAUAAACAAGCGAAAAGUUUACAACAUCAAAAAUUUUUAUAAUGAACCAAAUUUCCCUUGCAAAGAAAAUGAAAGGUUUCUUUCACAUUUGAUUUCUACUAGUAUUUUUAUUGGAAAUUCGGCAGUGAAAAUUUUAACUAAUAAUGAUAUUCAAGCUCGAAUAAAUGACUUUUAUGAUGCUGGAAUACGAUUUGUAUACUUCAGUACCAAAGAUCAAAUAAAUACAAGAAAUAUUUCCAACACAUUGGGAAUGGAAACAAACUGGAAUACCUCCAUUUCAUUAAGUCUUACUGAUAAAUCGAGUUUUAGAAAUAGGGAUGGGAAAGUGGUUAUUCCAAGUGGAAUAAAUAAUAUUAAAACACAUAUACAAGAAGUUGAUGAUAUCCCGCUUCGAGUUUCUUCAUAUUCAGGAUGUAACCAAUUUAACACAGCCGAAAUGAUCAAAAUAUUACUGGAAAAUAAUGAAAUAAUAACAUGUGUUGGGAAUAGCUUGAAUUGUUGCAAUUUUGAACUAUACAAAUUAUGUAAUUAUUCUAUAUCUGUACUAUUACCUUAUAAUAACAUAUGUAGCGAUUGUUAUGGAAAAAAAGAAAGAAGCAAUCCUUUUGGAAGAUCUGCUAUAAAUAAAAAUCCAUUAAUAUCUUACUCAUCCUUUGUAAAUAGUUUCCCUUGCAACUUAACAAUUGAAAAAAAUAUAUUGGAUUUGUCCGAGAAUAUAAUGGAAUUAGUUUACAAGUUGUUGAAAAGCUCGAGGAUUUACAAAAAAAAUUUGUCUAUAUCGAUGUUUUAUUUUUAUUUUUAUUAUUGUUACCUGUCUUUUUUAUUAUUUGUUAUUAAUAUAUUUUUUCUUCCGCCACUUAUAUCGGUAUGGGAUUACCUAUUACUCAUCUUGCUCAUAAUUCCUAUACUUUCGAUAUCACUUUUAAAUAAUAAUAAUAAUUCAACAAUUAUGAGUGAUAUUCCUGAUAAAGUAAUAAGUAUCGAUUUUUUAGUAAAGAAACUGAUGUUUUUCCUAAUUCGAUGGAUUUCCUUUUUAACAUUUUCAAUAACUGUAUCCGUAUAUUAUAUACACAUAUUAAAUGACACGUUUGUGGAUAAGUAUGUUGUAAAGGGGACAUUAGAUUCUGAUAAGUUGGCAAGUUUGGGUCAGAACUUCGUUGGGGAUAUUAUACAUUAUUGUUCAAAAAAUAUUAACAUAACAUCGUUGUAUAAAUGUCACAUAUUUAUGCACAAAUUUUCUGAAAACCAAAAUAUGGGGGCAUAUAAUAUUGGGGUUUCAAUGAUAAAACAAUAUCAGAUAUUCUUUUUUUUUUCAUUUUCAUUAUUUUUUUUUGUAUCUUCAUUGUCCUAUAGUGACAAGUAUGAGGGAUUAUUUAAAUUAAGUUGUAUUCAAAACUCAAAAUCCUAUUAUUCAUGUUUGGUUGUUUACCUUAUUUUAAGUCUUUUAUAUGUGGCUUUUCGAAUAUAUAUGUUGCCAAUUUAUUAUAUAAAGCAGUACCCGGACACAACCCUAAUUCUAAUGAUAGGAGUGUUUAGUGUGAUUUUACUAGUAAUUAAUGAAACAUUAAAACGAAUAGAAGAAAAAAUAAAAAUAAAUAGACAAAAAUAUUUGAAGGUUUUAUUUGGAACACGUUUAGGAAUGUGGAGUCCAAAGUAA